ACGUUUAGGGAUCUGGGGGUGGGCGCGCGGCUGACGCGCGCGCUCGAGCGCGCGGGCGUCGAGACGCCGUCGAUCGCGCAGCGCGCGGCGAUGCCGGCGAUCGCGCGGGGGGAGAACGUGGCGAUGCAGUCGCACACGGGGAGCGGGAAGACGCUGGCGUAUCUGCUGCCGGUGAUUUGCGACAUCGUGGACGACGAGACGGGGACGGUGCGGAGAGACGCGGGGAACGGCGUGCGAGCGCUCGUCGUCGCGCCGUCGCAGGAGUUGGCGAUGCAGAUCGUGCGACAGGUUGAGCGGUUGUUGGGAGAUCUGGGGCGGGAGAUCACGCAGCAGGCGAUCGGAGGGGCGAACGCGAAGAGGCAGGAGGAGGCGAUUCGACGAAAGCGCCCGCUCAUCGUCGUCGGGACGCCGGGAAGAUUGGCCGAGCUCUCGCGCACGGGCAUUUUACAAACGCACGGGGUGAAAACGUUGGUCGUCGAUGAGGCGGACGAUCUGUUGGCGAGUAACUUUCGAAGAGACAUGGCGAGAAUCAGCGAACACACGGGCAAAGCGGUGCCGGGCGGACGACAGACGGUCAUCGUGAGCGCGACGUUGAAGCAAGAAACGCUCGAUGCGUACUCGUAUCUCGCGCCAAACCUGACGCACAUCGUCGCGACGUACGACAAGCCGUCGCCGACGGCUUUGACGACGCCCGGGGAGGACGAGGAAGUAGAGGAAGCGGACGUCGCCGACGCGAGAGACGAGAAGAGCGCGUCGGCGGCGGCGCGGCAGGAGCGCAUGCAGGGCGUCGUCAGCCUCCCUCCGCACAUCACGCACUGCUCUGUGAUUUCUGAGCGCCGACACAAAGUGGACGAACUUCGUCGCGCCAUUCACGCCACCGACGUGCAACGUGCGUUGAUUUUUUGCAACUUUGGUCGACGCUUGGAAGAGGUCCAGGCUAAACUCAGCGCGCGGCGCAUGCCAGUGGGUGUCUUGCACGGGGGAAUGGAUAAAAUGGAACGACAAAAAGAACUCGCCAAGUUCCGUCGCGGCGAGUUUCGCGCGCUCGUGGUCUCCGACCUCGCCGCGCGCGGAUUGGACGUGGACGACUGCGACGCCGUCUUUAACCUCGAGCUGCCGACGGACGAGACCCAUUACGUGCACCGCGCCGGGCGAACUGGGCGCAUGGGAAGCCCUGGUGUGGUGGUUACCAUCGCGGAGCCGCAAGAGGCGUUCGUGCUCGAGCGUUUCGAGAGGAAUCUCGGGGUG